AUCGGCCAUGUACCUUCCAUUUAUGCGCCAUCGCUCUGUUCCAAUCAUCUCCAACAACGACAACACUUUCUCUCUCUCUUUUUCCCCUCACUUUCUAUCGCUAGGGUUUCCGCUGCUUGGGAGAUUCUCGAUUUAAUGUUUUUCUUUUCUCGACAAAAAAAGGGUUGAAGCUCAGUGAUGCAUAGCUGCUUGAUACCCUUUUAGCAAAUUAAAAGGAAAAUGAAAAAUGGUCUCGAUUUCUUGAAUUUACUCAAUUGUGAUGUAUCACUAAAGAUUCUUACGAAUUUGGAGGAUCCAUCUGAUCUUGUUCGUUUCAGUGCUGUCUCACGCUCCUGGCGACAAUUUGUGAUUGAAAAUGGUCUACUCAAGCAUCUGUGCCGGAGAAUGUUUCCUCAAUUAUCUAGAGUUGAUCAUGUCAACGAGCUAUGUGGCACUGCAAAAGGGCAUGCUGAAGCUGGAUCUAGCAAUUUUAUGGAAUGGGAAGCUUUGAAGAGGGAGCAUAGAGUUUAUGCCUUUUUUGCUCGAGGUUGUUUGUCAUUUGCUCCCAGGGAGUGCAUCUAUGAAGCAAUCAUCGCUUCUAGCACUGAUAAUGAUCCAGAGGAAGGCAUACAUAAUACUUUGGAACCAAGAGAUAGGGUGGCACGGAGAGCUUCAUACUGGUCGAGUAAAGGACAAAGUAACCCUGCAGUGCCUGAGACGUUGACAUAUAGAUUGUGUGCUGAUUUAUGUGUUAUUACUGAAAUCAAUGUAAGGCCUUUCCAAGCUUACUUCCAGAUUGGUAAACCCAUAUACUCAGCUAACUCUGUGAGAUUUCGCAUGGGUCAUGUCAAGUCCUGCAUGGACAAUAUUGUGAAAGAAUCAUGCCAGGAUUGUGGUAACGAAAAGUUUGCAUGGACUUACACCUCACAAGAGUUUCCGAUGGCUCAGGAAAAUUGUUUGCAGAAUUUCAGGCUUCCGGAACCUGUUCUUUGUAUUGGUGGAAUAUUACAGAUUGAGCUGUUGGGUAGGGUCCAGAGACAGGAAAUGGAUAGCUUAUACUAUAUAUGUGUGUCUCAUGUUCAAGUUGUGGGGCGGCCAUUAUCUCCUGCAUUUGGUAUUCAGACAUUUGAACACUCUGAAAAAUUUGUGCUGGAGGCACUGAGUUAUAAACAACCAACUUCACCUGCACAGUCCAGCUCCGCACCCACUUUGCAGAUGCGUGUGAGAGACUUGGAGCAGAUUUUGAAUUUACUGCGGGGAAAUGUUGUCGACGUAGUGGAAUAUGGAUAUGAAUGGGAAAUAGAGGAUGAAGAAUCAGAUGAGGAGGAUGAGGAUGAGGAUGAGGAAGACCGAGAAUAAAACUAGUGCUGUUUUUCUUUACCCGUUGAACUUUAGUUACAGGUCACAUGGAAGCUAAAAUUUCCUGUAACAUUAGGAGUAUGCCCUUUGGAGUGUUACCUGAACUUUGUUCAGGAUUUAGUUAUUCUGAUGUGAUAUGCUAGUGUUUAUCAAUAUAUAAAAGCUUUAUCUAAGUGUUGUUAGAA